GGAGAGGGAAAGCCUGGGCUGGGCGGAAGGCGCCGGCCGGCGCGGUCCCAGUCUGCCGCGGCCGCGCUGCCGGCGGCCCCUCCUGCCCCGGCACGGUGCCCCCCGGGGCCGGGGGCGGCGGCGCCCGCCGCGUCCCACCCGCAACUUUCCCUCCCCCGUGGAUGGCUUUCGUCGGAGACCUGCAGGGCAGCCGGGCGCUUGACACCUGUCCCCCAUGGGCCGCCGCCGCGCCUAAGUUCGCCGGCGCCCGGCGCCCCCCGCCCUCCCCCGCCGCCGCCGCCGCCGCCGCCGCAGGGCGGGCUUGAAGCCGCGGCGGGGGCCGCGCUGCCCAUGGCCGGUGGCCCCGCCGCGCCGAGGUGUCCCUGCGCGCCGCCCCGUCCCGCCCGCCGGGGAUCCGCCGCGCCCGGAGCGCCGCAGCGGGGGCGCUGAGGGAGGCAGCCCCCGGCACAGCCCCGCGGGCUCCGCGCCAGCCGCCCGUCCCCGCCGGGUCGCUGGCGGCGGCGGCGGCGGGGGCGGCGGCGGGGGCGGCGGCGGGGCCGCGGGAUCCGUCCGCGCUCGCUGCCCCCGUGUAGUUCCCGAGAGUCGUCUGUCCUCGGCGGCGGCCCGCGGGUGACAUGCAGUCCCUCAUCUCUCCGGUGACCAAGGCUAUCCUGGUGGCUUUGUUCAUCUUCGCCAUCCUGCUGAUCCUCUACGUGAUUCUGUGGUACAUCUGCCGCGAUGUGGAUUGCGACCAUGGGAUCUGAGCGGCGCCGCGGGGCCAGGGCUUAGGAGCCGGGAUUCACCCCGCGGGGCCGGGGCCGGGGCCGGGAGCGGCAGCGGCAGCGGGAGCCCCGCCGGGCGGCAGCCGCCGCCACCGCGGCCGGAGCAGGGGAAGGGGAAGGAGAAAAAAGAGGAAAAAAAGAAAAAAAAAAAAAAAAAAAAAGAGGGAAGAGCCGAGCCGAAAGAGCCCGGACGGAGGACAGCUGCAAUCAAGAAACCGACCUGAGCUUGACCUUCAGAGACCAGGGUGACCCGGUACUCAUUAAUGAGUGAAGGAUCAAAAGGUGGGACGGUGGCCAAGAAGCAAUGGAGAAUAAAAGUUUAGAAGGUUCCCCAUCAGACCUAAAGUUAGUGGCUCACCCGAGAGCAAAGAGUAAAGUGUGGAAGUACUUUGGGUUUGAUACCAAUGCAGAAGGAUGCAUAUUACAGUGGAAGAAGAUCUACUGCCGUAUUUGCAUGGCACAGAUUGCCUAUUCAGGAAACACGUCCAACCUUUCCUACCACCUUGAGAAAAAUCACCCCGACGAAUUCUGCGAAUUUGUGAAAAGUAACACUGAGCAAAUGAGGGAAGCCUUUGCCACUGCCUUUUCAAAAAUCAAGCCGGAGUCGUCACAGCAGGUUGUUCAAGAUAGCCUCAUCAUGAAGACCUACCAGAACUACGAAAACAAAAAGCAUCAGGAACUGACAUCUGCCGUCAUCAGCUUAAUUUGCGAGGGCAUGUAUCCGGCCUCUAUUGUUGAUGAGCCCACUUUCAAGGCCCUCUUGAGAACAGCGGACCCCAGGUAUGAGCUUCCGAGCCGGAAAUACUUCUGUACAAAAGCUAUUCCUGAAAAGUACAAUGCCAUUAGAGAAAUUGUGCUGAAAGAGCUCACCGAGGUUCUGUGGUGUGGCAUAUCCACGGACAUGUGGAGGAGUGAAAACCAGAACAGGUCGUACGUAACCGUGGCAGUUCACUUUCUCAGCAGCAGUCCUGCCAACUGCCUGGCGGUGAACUCGCGGUGUUUAAAAACGUUCGAAGUACCAGAGGAUAAUACUGCAGAGACUAUUACACGAGUCCUUUAUGAAACGUUCAUUGAGUGGGGGAUCAAUACAAAAGUCUUUGGUGCUACAACAGAUUACAGUAAAGACAUUGUGAAAGCUUGCUCUCUCCUAGAUAUUCCCGUACAGAUGCCUUGUUUGGGGCACACUUUUAACGCAGGAAUACAACAAGCUUUUCAGCUCCCCAAACUCUGCAGCCUCCUUGCCAGGUGCCGAAAACUGGUGGAGUAUUUUCAGCAGUCUACGGUCGCGAUGUACAUGCUGAGCGAGAAGCAGAAGCAGCAGAAUAUUCUCCACUGCAUGCUGGUAAGCGACCGUGUUUCCUGGUGGGGAAGCACGCUCGCUAUGCUGCAGCGCCUCAAGGAGCAGCAGUUUGUCAUUGCAGCGGUUCUCGUGGAGGACAGCAACAACCACCACCUCAUGCUGGAAGCCAGUGAGUGGAAUACAAUCGAAGGGCUGGUGGAGCUGCUGCAGCCUUUCAAGCAGGUUGCAGAGAUGAUGUCUGCUUCAAAGUACCCCACGAUCAGUAUGGUGAAGCCGCUUCUCCACAUGCUUCUAAAUACUACCCUGAACAUCAAAGAGAAUGAUUUGAAAGAAAUCAGCAUGGCAAAGGAGGUGAUCGCUAAAGAGUUAUCAACCACCUACCAGCACACACCCGAGAUAGACAUGUUUCUCAACGUUGCAACUUUCUUGGAUCCCCGCUACAAAAAACUGCCUUUUCUUUCAGCCUUUGAGCGGCAGCAGGUUGAAAACAGAGUGGUGGAAGAAGCAAAAAGCCUGCUAGAGAAAGUAAAAGAAAAUACCUUUAGGACUGAAGAGAAAUUCUUCACUGUUUCAGAAGAGCCCCCUGUGAAAAAAAUCAUCAUCUCCUCUACUCCUCCUCCUACCAGUGUCAUCAACAACAUGCUCGCGGAGAUCUUUUGCCAGACGGGAGGCGUGGAAGACCAGGAGGAAUGGCAUGCUCAGAUCGUUGAGGAGUUGAGCAACUUCAAGUCACAAAAGGUCCUCGGUUUGAACGAAGACCCUCUGAAGUGGUGGUCUGACAGACUAGCGCUGUUUCCAGUUUUACCAAAGGUUCUUCAAAAAUACUGGUGUAUUUUGGCCACAAGGGUCUUCCCUGAACGCCUUUUCGGUUCUUCUGCUAAUGUUGUAAGUGCAAAGAGAAACCGGUUAGCCCCAGCUCACGUGGAUGAGCAGAUCUUUUUGUACGAAAACAGUCGGAAUGGGUCUGAGGCAGAACCGGAGGAUGAAGACGAAGGAGAGUGGGGUUUGGAACAGGAACAGAUUUUUAAUUUAAAUGACUCGGUAAAUGUAAACAACAAUUUCUUUAAUAUCCGAGACAGUGGGUUUGUUUAAAAGGACUGCUGCGGUACAUUUAAUAACAAAGAAAAAAGGUAUUUGUCUUAAGUUACCAAAAAUACUUCUGUUUUAUGCUAUGAAUGCUGUAAAUAUUUGAACAGUUGUAACAAACUUGAUUCAGCUUCCAUUGUCUAUAUUUUUCCCACUGUCUUAAAACAUGAAUGACUUGUGAUUAAACAGCACUGAAAUGAAUGAGGAAAUAAAUUCUACAAAGACCAUGAUUUCUGACUGUGGCCCAGAUUUCAGAAAGCACUUAUCCAUGUGCUUCCUUUCUACUUCCUUCAGUGGGAGACAAACACAUGCUUAUGUGCUUUCUAUCAUAAAAAUAUUUUCCUGAAUUAGGACCCUAAGCAAGGGUGUUUUUAAGAUUUAUGCCUCCGUUUGUAAAUCCUGUGUGACUCAGGAUGUUAGCUUUAAAUUUUGGAUUUUAAAACACUAUUUUUAAAAUCCAUAAAUCUGAGCAGUGAAUAUUUUUAGAGUAUAUCGAUGCUAUGGAAUGAAAAAAGAUCUUGAGCCUGAUUUUCUUUUUCACUACCUCAUGUCUUAGGCCUGGUCUGUGCUAGAUAAGUCCAGCUGGUAUAAUUCUGUCAGUUAAGGGACUGAUGUAUUAUUAUUUUAACUGAUGCUGUGCUGGCGUAGGCCGUAGUGUGGAUGCACUUACACUGGGAUAAGUUAUUUUCCUUUCCAGUGCGGUGUAAAUGGCAUAAACACUUCUAAACUGGUAUUGCUGUGUCCACGUUAGUCUGGUUUUACCAUUUAACUGCAGCAGCUAAAUGGCAAAAUCUUUUUUUUUUUUUUUUUUGGUGUGUCUAGGCAAGCCCUGAUUGUAUUCUCUUGUGCUUUUACGAAGUGGUAAUGAGGUUCGCAGGGUCGGGGUGGCUUUGUGUUACCUUCGCUGCAUGCCAGUGUUAUGGCUGAUGCCACGUGGUGCGAAGCAGGCAAGGCAUCAGGCCCCUCGGCGGCAUUGCAGGGAGGGAGGGAGGGAAGGAGAGGGCUGGGAGAUGUGUACGGGCCACGGGUCUAACAGUCUGUCUAUGUUAUAAAAUCCUUAACCUCUUAAUUUAAGUGGGGACUUUGCCCAGGGUAGCUAGAAAAUUUUGUUGGUGAGAAAAGCAAAAUAAAAAGCUUUAAUAUUAUGUAAAUAUAUUUAAAAGAAGGGGACCCCUCCAUUUCCCCACAUGUAUUUAGUGAGUCUUUAAGAUUGCUUCUUAUUACUUUAGCACUUACAACCCCCUUUUUUUUUUUUUUUUCCCUCCUGUCUCUUUCUGAUUCAGUUUGUAGAGUGGAUUUUAGUUGGGUCCAGUCUAAUGUUUUGAGUACUGUUUCCAAUUAGUUGUUGUGUAUUGUAAUUUCUCCCUUUGUGUCUCUACGCCUAAGUGUUUUAAGCCCUUUUGAGAACUUGGCAAACAAGAAACAAAGAAUUAAAACCAACCCAAACACCCCCAUCUCUUAUGAAAUACUGUGGGUCAUGAAGAUUAGAGUUCAUGCCUGGCACGGAGUGGGAUGGCAGCCAGCAUUUUUGCCUGAGGUGCGGAAGAGAACUCUGGGCAUUGUCCGGUUAUAGUCAAGGUUUGCUUGGGGUUUUAUUUUUGUUACUGGUAUCUUACCACCCCCACCCCAACUUUAGCCUAUGACUAUGUCGAGCACGACCUUUCCGGAGAGAGGUUUGUUGAAGACUGGCUGUUACCGUUCUGGAGGAAGAAAGUUGGGUUUUUUAAUCACGGUGGUACCCAUGGGUGUUUGGUUGUAGAAGGGGCCCAUCCAGGAGGAACAUACAAAAAUGAGAAUUGUGAUGGAAUUGAGUCUAUUGACAGACUGCUUGUUUAUGUUUUGGAUUAAUAGUUUUUGCAAGUUUGAAGCCUCUCUGUUCUUUGUAGGUGGCGGGAAGGGGUGGCUGGGUGGGAAGGACAGAGGCUAGAGUGAAGGAGCAGUGGAGUAGGUAGUAGUGAACUACCUGGCACGUGUAAGCCCAGGAAAAAUGCAUUGAACAGGUGGUGUGGCCUGUAUUUGGCUGUCAAUAAGCCUCGCUUUUCACUUUGCAGCUCCCUGAAAAUUAAUGUGCACUUGUACAAAGUACACACACAGUGCAUCCCGUUGAAUGUUGCUAGUCUCCAUGUCCACCGAAGAGGUGCCUGUGAUUGCCCAAGAUGCAAAACACAGGCUUGGCCUAAACUCCCGCAGGUAUGUAGGCUAUCCGUGAGGGUAGUAAAAUCAAAUUAUGGAAGGGAGCGAGAUACAGCAGGUCCCUUUCUGAUGUAACCUAAGCUCCUGUGACACCCCUGUCAGGAAGACCUCUUGGGUUUUAAGUCCACUGAGUGCCAGCUGGUGUUGGUUGUAUCCGCUUGCACCUCCUCCACCUGCUACCACCACCAUUUGCCCUUGAGGAGCUGCUCAAAUGCUAGUCCAAGGCGUGCAGAUCGUCUCUGACACGAGCGUAAUUCAAAGCCACGCCAUCGCAACCAAGGCAGAGCCCAGAGCGCCGCUCCCCUGGCCGGCGUUCAGCCUACCCCUCUUGGCAGCAUCCAUCUCGUGUUUCCGUCUUCAUCUUUUGGGGGCUAAACGUACGCAGUGACGCUUACAAAAGCAGUUUUACUGAGAUAGGUGCAAUACACUACUCCCUUCCAGCUUCUCUUUAUUUUUUGGUAUCCAAAAUAAAACUGUAGUUGGUUCAAUUGAUGUAUCUCAGCGUUCUUUUAAAAAAAGGAAAAGAAAAAAAAAACAAACCACAAAGCCAUUGUUAGUCCUACCCAUUGUCUGUGAGAUUUUUAUUUAAUGUUCUAAGCCUGGAAUAUUGUUAAAUAAACCAGAAAAGUAAGUUAGUUACUAGA